AGGAACUCGCAGCUGAGGUCGCUGCUCGUGCAGACCACUGUUAAGUACUGGCAGCGUCGCCGGUUAGCUUUUUGGUCAUAGUCGUUGUGUGUUGCCGUAAUCGCGAGCGCACGUAGACUACUGUGCACAGGCAACCAGGCAGGGUUCCGGUCCCGUGCUCCGAAGCGAGCGGUAAAACGAGCGCAGUCGAGGAGUUCGAGGUCUGAUCGAUCACCGCCUCGAAAUAAAAAGAGGAAACCGCGAGCCUAUCAAGAGACGUACGGGCAUAUUCUGUGAAUCCCCGAACGUGUUCGACGUUUAUGAGAAGUGCAGUUAGAAGAAACGAAGGAAAGGUGUAUAUAUGGUCGGUGCUCGACCCUAACUGAGCCGUCCGUACGAUACAGCUGAGCGAAGAGUACGCAGAGAAAUCCCGUCGUUGUGUGCGCCGUUCACUGGCUUCGCGACGGUACACACCACCUACGCGGCUAAACAAUUUGCGAGGGACAGGAGGGGCGACGGGUGACGAGUAUAUUAUGAACCGGUGAACCGGCCUGCGGGAGUGUCAGAGAACUUGUGUCAUCGCGAGAGAGCGCAUCGCGCAGAUCAUACUCUUCAAACGUACUGUGAAGUAGCUAUUGUUCGCGGGUUACAUCGGUUAAAAAUUUUUCUCCAUUCGUUUCAAGAGAGGAAGAACAAUAGUGCGAGUUCGAAGGACGGAAUAAUUAAUUAGCAGCGUGUUUUCAUUAUCUGAACGGGCAUGUCGAAAGUGUCGGGAAUUAUGGAAAACGACGAGGCCGUUGGGAAAACAACUUUGGUCCGAAGCGUUUCCAACAUGCUGAAAGAUGGAAGUAACAGUGGGCCACCGACGUUGUUUCGUCACCCGUCGAUGCAGAAGAUUCGCCACUGCUGCCAGAACUUGAAUCUCUUCCCGUACCUCCUCUACUCGUUUGACAACUCGAAAUCGCAUCCGAUAGUGAAGAAAGUGCACCUAUGCUUGGGCCAGUUCCUGGAGACGCUCACAACCAGACUGUUCUUCCUUUACAAGAACGUCAGGCGGUCCGUGGUCCCCGUCGUCCACGCGAAGGAGGCGCUAGAACCGAGCGUCGAAGUGUCACCGGCCUGCAAACCGAAAUUACGAAUACUUGACCAGCAACAGAAGCGCAAACAGAAGAACCCGCUCUUCCUGACCAUGGCCGUGUAUUUCGCGCCGUUGCUAUUAAUCCUCCAACUGAUAGGCCUGUUCAUUUUAAUGGUGGGCGAGAAGUACACGCCCGGCUUCGUCUUCCUAAUCUCGGCGCUUCUGUGCCUCGGCUGCAUCUCGCUCAAGAUUCUCGUCCACGAGACGGCAACGCACAGCCAAGACAGAUGCGAGAAAAGCAAAGUCGAAUGAUCGGUACUCCUACGCCGAGGCAAGGUGAAAGCGAAGCUUGCCGCGAACAGACCGUCUCGUUAGAUCAAUAGACACGAGAGCAAUCGAGAGAGGCUUCGUUCGCAAUUCCGUUCAACCCCAUAGCCCCCCCCCAUUCACGUCUCUCCCAUGAAUUAUUAUUCUUAUCGCUACGAUUUACUUAAACGCGAUCAAGUUUAAUUAUUCGCUUGAUCGCGCGCAUCGGACGGAUUACCGUUAUUCAUUCGCUGGACGAGACUGUACGUAUUUAAUACGCCGAUCCCCUCUGUGUUGAAUUUGUUUCAGACACGAUUCAAUUCACAUCAAGUAUGACCGCGUUUCAUGCGAAUUCAACUUUCUGUGAAAAUCAGAAACGUUAUGUUUUAUCGUGUAACAUGUAUUUCGUUUUAACAAUCUCGUGAUCUCUGUUAACGAGACGAUCGGGGGAUAAGUCAGAUAAAUGGUCACAGUCUCGUCCGGCAGAAAGUCCUUUUUCACCGUUAGAUAGGACGGUAGUUGCGUUAUGGACGUCGAUCGAUGGACUCGGUCGGUUCUUUCUUCUUCUUUUUUACGCUAUACGCGAAUAUCUCUAAGCAUUUUGUAGUUCGUCGAAUUUAUCGGACUGAUACGCGUAAUCGUAUACGCGUGACGGUCACGUCGCAACGUUUCGGAGGACACGAGGAUGGCUGUGCUAGCAGCUGAACGUGUGUAACGCUCUUCUGUAACGUCUUCGUUCAUUCUUCUUUUUCUACUUUGCUCUUUUUUCUUUAUAAGGAAAAUAUUUUAAUCGUUGCCACGGCGUGCAAUGAAUUAUUGUACGCGUUACUCGCGAGACGAUGCGUCCUGACCCUCUAUAGCAGAAGACUGAGAAUCGUUUUAAACAUUGUUGUAUAUAGAGAGAGAAAGGAAUGAUACGCGCCCAAGGAGAGAAAAUAUAUAUAUAUACAUAUAUGUAUAUUAUAAUUGUUAUACACACACGUGCGUGAAGAAAAUAAAUUUAUUCUAUAUCUAGAGAUUACGUAUACGGUACGAACUGUCGAUCUUCGUGAGAAAGAUUUGAUGCGUCCGCUGAACAACUUUAGGCUUAAUCUGUGAUCGAGUGGAUCCAAGCGUGAACUUUCUCACGGCCCACUUGUCGUCCCAUUUACUUAAGUACGGAUAAGGAAAAAUGUAACUUGGAUCUUUCGUUAUUUUUCCUUUUUUUUUAAAUAUACGUUACUUACAGUAA